CUUAAAACGUGAAUUAACGUCUUAAAUCGUGUUAAAAGUGAGCAGUUACCUUGGGAUUACACACCAGGUUCAGACGCAAUGAUUGGAUUUAUGUAUCCGCAGGCGACCUGAGACUCACCGUUUCAACGGUGUCAGGAGUGCUCAACAGAAAAGAAUGCAUAGAGUAAAAUAUUGUAUACACUCUUAGAAAAAAUUUAAAACAAUAUGUUAGUGUGUCAUUGUACUCAUUCAUACUUAUUCUUUCUUUAAGGUUUAACGGUUCUUAAGGCCCUUUAAUCAUACUGAAUAAUAUAACACUCGUUUUAUUGAUUGCAGUCGUGUAACGGCUUGGAUAACGACAUUAUCUUUAGCUAAUUAAAAAUAUACAUAUAACAAAUUAAUAUGUAACAUUUACAUGCAUCACACUACAUAAUAUUUGUCAUACAUCGCUGAGGAGAAUCUGUUUGAGACUUUCAAGCUAUAGAUACGUCACUAAAGCAGAAAAAGUCCACAGAGGUCCACGAACAGUGAGCUUUCCCUUUGGAGCUGCCCCAGCAACAGAGAGUGCCUCCUCAACCAAUCGCUGCCAAGGAACCCACACCGCUCGAGGCGGGUAUUUUCUUCACAGCACAGAAUGCCUUUCCUCACAGCGACAAGUGUUGAGAUUCAAAGGUGAAUGCCUGGUAGCACAAUAUGGAAAAGUCAGCUGUGGAGGAAUGGACUGUUGAAAAUGUAGCAGAGUGGAUUUCUGGCUUAGGUCUGGGCAACUUCACGGCAACAUUUACAGUGAAGAAAUAGAUGGUGAGACUCUUUUAGGUCUGACAGAACAUAUGAUUGGAAAAAUCUUCCGAACUAUGAAGGACCAAGUCAAAUUUUUAAAGGCUCUCGAGAACCUUAAAAGAACAAAAGCAAAUGAGCAUAUUGUUUCAGAGAAGGUGCUACCAGUAGAAUGCAGAGAAGUGCCACAAACCUCAACAAGUGUUCAUGUUUGGACCGCAUGUUAUACAUUGCCUAUAUUUCCUCCAGUUGUACAGAUGGCCCUUGAUAGAAAGGACAUUGGUUUCAAAUCAAAAGACAAAUCUGCCCUUCGUGCAGCUCUAAUACAGACUCUGUUUGAUGACCUCAGCAAAUAUACGCUGUAUCCAGACCACAUAAUGUACAGUACUGUGCUAAGUACUUUGUGCUGUAAGUACAGAUUUCUAAGGGAUGACAGCCAAACUGGAUAUGCUACUCUACUUGAAAUACUGAGAAAUAAAUUCAAAAAAGAGAGAAAGACACUUAUUUCAGUGGAGACUGUAGAAGACAUGAAAAAAAAGUUUGGUGCUGUGGGUCGAGGAAGGAAGCGUGCACCAGAGCAACAGCAACCGCUCAUGGAAAAGAGAAGAGAAUCUAUGCAAAGUGAGGAGUUCCCAGGAGAAGACGAGCAUGGUACUGUACACACUCGGGAAAGAAUGAUGGAGAAGAAGUCCACUGAAGAAGUCCUUGGUCUGUUUCCAUUCCUAAAGCAUCCUAAACUGCUGUUGCACGAAGUAGAACUACGUUUUGGAGUAAACUUGGAACGGAACCUAAUGAGUGGCCUAUCCAGAAUGGUAGAUCCUAUUUUCAGACUUUCUAGUGGGCAUCUUCUAACUACUGUGAUGUCCUACAUUGAAGAUGCUUCAGAUAAGACACAGGAAAAUGGACUGAGAAUGAAUGCUGCAUUGUUGCUGUUGCCAGCUUUGUUUCGAGAGAGGGAAAAUCUGUUGUUUGUUGUUGACCAAGUACCACCAUCACCUACGCCAACUAUCGUUUUCAAGGGAACAACAAGCCCAUUGGCAGCAGAUGACAUCUCUGUUUGUGUUGAUGGAAUUGAGAUACUCAGUGAUUAUCCAGGAAUGGAUAUCACCCUUGCUGUUGAAUGUAUUUUUUCUCUUUAUUUUUCCUUGGGCAUUGAGUAUCCUAAAGCUCUAAAAAAUUUUCUGACUUUCAUGGAAAGGUACUUCAUGAAGCUGAGUACCUCUGACAAAGUACCUUUGCCAGUGUUAAAGAUGUACAGUCAAAUAACUGCACUUUUACUUGGGGAAUAAUUAUAUUGAUCUGAUGGAAUGCCAUUUUAACAUUUAAACUGAAAUUAAAUGAAUUUAUUGUGUCAACUAUUUAAUUUGAUUACAAAAACAGAAUGUUUGAUAUAAAAAUGUAAUUGUACAUAUCAAAAAAAGUAUUUAUUUUAAAUGUAAAUGGCUGAUUAGAAAAUUAAUUGUUUAUAACAAAUGUAAAUAGUUUUUAAUAGAAGUUUUGAUCUAAAAAAACUAAUAAACAUUCAGUCUUAAUUUAUAGAUAUCAUAAACUCAUAAUAAGCUCUGAUCUAAAUACUGUACUGUAGCUCUUCUAAUUUGUGCCACCAAAAAAUGAAUAAGAAAAAAGAAACCCACGUUCAUCAGUUUCAAUAUACAUUUUAUCUCAGCUUUUUCAAGGUCUAUUACAUGUUCUUGAAAAUGUAUUUUGUGUAAGUUUCAGGAAAAUCUGUGGGAUGCAUAGAUUUAUUUUCCAGUUUGCUGCGAGACCCUUUUUUUCACUGUGUAAAUAAUAUGGUUUAAUUAUUAAAAACACACAGGUUGAAUAAAACUGUGUAAAACUGUAUAUAACUAAACCUGAAACUGAAACUACUCUAAUGGUUUAACCUGUAAAAACAAUAAAUUGUUAUAUAAAUGUUUAAUAAAUAAAUUGUUGGCAUCCUGAAUUGAGUGAUUUAUCAAAGCAC